AACCCACUUUAUUAUUAGAGAAAACCCUCAAGAUUGAUGGGUGUAGUUCACCUAUAUAUAUGUGUGAAUUGUGCGUGUAUGUUAAAAGUGUGGGAGCGUAGAGAAAAUAAAGAGAGAAAAACAGAGUGGGAGGGAUACAUCUAUAUAGAGUGAGUGAAGGUGAGGGAAGAAAAUGUCGAUCCCGCCGAAUUCGCCUUGGAGAGGAUGUGCAUCAAGCUACAGUCAACCUGUCAGUGCAGAUGACGAGCUUAACGCUCAAUUUUGGUUAGCAAUGUUGGAUACCUAUAACCCUCGUAUUGUGUAUAGAAGUAGCAGUGAAGAACAAGACAUCUGUGACCAUGUCUUUCGUUGGGAUGAUACCCCCUAUCAGGAGGCCUUUCAGAAUGGAUUCCGAUCAAGACGUCAAGAGGGCACUCUCGACGAGGUCUACGCCUCUCUGGAUCACUUUGUCCAUCAUGGCGGUAGGCCUCUUGAUUCCAGGCGAGCUGCCACCCACGUAUUCGUAAGCACUACGCUUAGCAGGAAUUGGACUCCCCCUGUCAACCCUGGAACUGAGCGAAUAGUAUAUCGAUACGAGAUAUAUGUGCCCGGUGGCGUUUGGGUUGCUGCAACUCUUGGAGAUCGUUACCAGUACCGCGGCCAAGACGAGGUCUGCUUUGUUGAAGGCAUUGCCCCUCAAUAUAUUCGGGCGGCCCAAGCCUUCAGACUUAUUACUCCUGCUGGCUCGAGGUUUACAGCACGGGAGAGAGUUGAUAAUGUUUUAAUAGUAAAUGGAAACUUCAAUCCACAAACGCAUCCAUCAAGAAUGCUCAGGAUUUUGUCGCCAACAUAUUAUUACGUUGAUGCUGAAAGUGGUGAAAGGAGGGCUCUAAUCCUUAGAAUUUACCGACCCCAAGUACCCGAUGAUGAAGGCAUGGUGCCGAGAAACGUGUCCCUACAAAGGGAAUUACGACAAGUGUCUACCACCGAAUCUAAUGACGCCACCAUGGAAUCUGAUGACCCCAUCAAGUGGUAUAAUGAUGACGUGGCUGAAUGUGAGAGCUACAUAAAUGCUGCAUUUCGUUCAUCUCGCAAAGAUGAAGUCUAUCUAUUCAUGAAGGAUGAGUAUGUGUUGGUGAACUAUGCUCCAGGCUCGACGGAUGACAAGGUGCUAAAUGGACCACUUCGUAUCUGCGAAGGGUAUCCAUCCCUCAGGAACACAGCCUUUGCAGAAUAUGGAAUAGACUCUGCUUUUGGGUCUCAUCACGGGGAUGAAGCGUUCAUCUUCUAUGGAAAUCUUUGUGCACAGAUAAACUAUGCACCAGGCACCACAGAUGACAAUAUAAUCAAAGGCCCGAUGGCCAUCACUGACAUGUUCCCUUUCUUCAAAGGGACGGUGUUUGAAAGCAGCGUAGACGCCUCGUUUGAAGCGACGAAAAGUAAUGAAGCUUACCUUUUCAAAGGCGACCAAUAUGCUCUUAUAAACUACAAUGAUCCCCAUCUCAUCGCCAUUCGUCACAUCACUGAAGGCUUUGCUUGUUUGAAAGACACCAUCUUUGAAAGCGGAAUUGAGGCAACAUUUGCUUCCCACCUUACUGAUGAGGCAUACCUAUUCAAAGGAGAUUGCUAUGCACUCAUCAACUUUGCUCCCGGCACCACGGACGACUACAUCAUUGGUGGCCCGAAGAAAAUCGUUCCCAAUUGGCCCUCUUUAAGUGGCAUCUUGCCUCGCAAAAAUCGUGGUCUUGAUGUUCAUGAUCACAAGGAACCUGAUCCUGACCGGGACCACGAUGAACUAUAAAAUAAUUACUUGCCAAAAAUGUGAUGGCAUGGCAUAUAUGCAUAUAUGGUUCGAAUACGAGUUUGAAUCAAUAAUUGGCAGUGUCUAGUUUAUCUUUGAAAUUGGAAUAAGUAAGGGUUUUGUGGGAUUGGGGUUAUCUUGUCUUCUCCUCCUUGAACCACCCUAUCAUCCACUUUGGAUGAUUUUGUGUUUGGAUGCAUCAAUAAAUUACUUAUUCUUGUAAAAAAA